AUGGUGCUGUCAGAAAAAGUGAACCAGCUGAUGGAGUGGGCUAGUAAAAGAUCCGUUAUCCGAAUGAACGGAGACAAAUUUCGACGCCUUGUGAAGGCGCCGCCCCGAAAUUACUCGGUGAUUGUGAUGUUCACUGCUCUUCAGCCUCACAGACAGUGUGUUGUGUGCAAGCAAGCUGAUGAGGAAUACCAGAUUCUGGCAAACUCCUGGCGAUAUUCCAGUGCAUUUACCAAUAAGAUUUUUUUCGCUAUGGUAGAUUUUGAUGAAGGCUCGGAUGUAUUUCAGAUGCUAAACAUGAAUUCUGCUCCAACCUUCAUCAACUUCCCUGCUAAAGGGAAGCCCAAACGGGGCGACACGUACGAGCUUCAGGUGCGCGGCUUUGCAGCUGAGCAGCUCGCUCGUUGGGUGGCUGACAGAACUGAUGUCAACAUUCGUGUGAUAAGGCCACCGAACUACGCUGGACCGUUGAUGUUAGGACUGCUGCUGGCUGUCGUUGGAGGCCUCGUAUAUUUGCGUGGGAGCAAUCUGGAUUUUCUGUAUAACAAAACUGGCUGGGCAUUUGCUGCUUUGUGUUUUGUGUUAGCAAUGACAUCAGGCCAGAUGUGGAACCACAUAAGAGGUCCACCCUAUGCUCAUAAGAAUCCCCAUACGGGACAAGUUAACUACAUCCAUGGGAGCAGCCAAGCCCAAUUUGUGGCAGAAACACACAUUGUUCUUCUCUUUAAUGGUGGUGUUACUUUAGGAAUGGUGCUCCUCCACGAAGCUGCUACUUCUGACAUGGACGUGGGGAAGAGAAAAAUCAUGUGUAUUGCUGGUAUUGGCUUGGUGGUGGUGUUCUUCAGCUGGUUGUUGUCUGUCUUCAGAUCCAAGUACCAUGGCUACCCAUACAGUUUCCUAAUGAGUUAAAGGAUUCCAGAAUCUGUAACAUCAGAAAGGUGGCGACUCUGAAGUUGUGUGUAAUGGAAUGGAAGAGCUGAAUAUGUGUGGUUCGUGCUACCUCUUACACUGAAUGAGAUAGUGAAACACUGAACCAAAGACGACGUGUAGUGCCUUAAGUAUAAGAAGCAAUUUGCUCUGAAGGACACAGAGUAUUAAGAUGCAAUCUCUUUUUCAUAAGCUUUACAUCUUCUUAAACAACUCUACUUCUAGUGAAAUUCAGAACUUAAUGCUUAGAACUACAUUUCUGUAGACUAACUAGAAACAGUACUUUAAAUUCAACUGGAUAAUCUAUUUUCCAUAUAUUUCUUUUUCCCCUCGAAUAUUUAUCACUUUAUUUCCUGUUUGUGCAUAGCAGGUGAUGUGACAAUAGGUUCUCUGUCAUGCCUUUUCAUGGUUGAGAAAACUUCUUCAUGUACCUGGAAAUCUUUUCCUUCAGUCUGUGUGCGACCCUUGGACCAUACACCAAAUUCCAGUGUGGAAUGUGCAUAUCCUAGAGCUGUAUCUCAUUUUUUGAGAAGAGUACUUAACUGCUGUGUGAUGCAAGAGAUUGUUUCGCAGAAGAAGGGAGAAUUUUCACCAGGUAG